GCAAUGUGACUCUGAUGCAACAAAGUUGUCAGUGCGUAGAAGAAAUUCAAACAAAUAGUGAAGGAACCUAAGUGAAAGAGAAUAGAAGAAGCAGAACUAGACAGCACAAUACAUAUUUAUUUUUCUGUAUGUGAGAAAGACUUUGAUUAAGAGAAUAAAACACAAAUAUAUAAUAGCAGACAUUGAAAACCUGAUGGCAACAACAGCAACAAAAGCCGCAGCAGCAGCGCCAACCGCCAAUGCGGUGCUCGCCAACACCAGCAGCAGCAGCAACAGCAGCAACAACAACACUAUUAACAAUAUUAUUAGUGCACCUAUUAAAAUUCCGCUGAGCGAACGAUUCUUAACUCAAACGUCGACUGGCUCAGCGGACAGCGGUGUCAUCGUGACGAGCGCUUCACAGAAGCAGCUCUGCAGCGGCUCGCAGGCGACGCUGCUGCAGUUGCAACAGCUGCCGGUGCGCAGCAGCAGCGGCUCACUCAGUCUGCACGGUUCGCAGCCGAAAUGGCAACGGCAACAACACCACCACCAGCAGCAGCAUACACAACAGCAGCAGCAGGCUCAACAGCAGCAACAACAGCUGUUGCUUAGCCAGGACAGCGGCAUCGAGCAGCGCGUCGGCGAGCGCAACUCGAGCGGCGCGGGCGGCGGCCAGUCAAACAGCAGCAGUGAAUCGCUGGGCAGCAGCAGCGGCAAUGAGCAGCUACAGGUAGCAGCUGCUGCCGGACGUACACGUGCCGCAUCGGCGCUUGAAUUAAGCCAUGUUGGCGUCGGCGUCGGCGUCGGUGGUGGUGUUGGCGUUGGCGGCAGCAAUGCGCUGCGUCGCAUUAAAUACAAAAGCACGAACAGCACACAAGGCUUCGAUGUGGAGGAUCGCAUCGAGGAGGUGGACAUCGGUGAUGAUCGUGACGAUGAGCACGAUCUGGAGGAGGUGGAGGAUGACGAUGAGGACGAUGGCGUUGCUGUCGAUGGGGAUGAAGAUGAUACACAGUCGGGCAUCAUUAUCAAUAUCGGCGCUCACGAGGAUGAGGAGCAGCAGCGUCUGAAGGCCGAGAUAGCGGCCAAAGUGAAGGCCGAGGAGGAGCUUCCGCUAGAGUUGGCGCCCUUAACAGUUGCUGCAGCCGCGGCCAAGAGACGAGAUGCCCGCAGUCUUGGCACAGAUGGCCGCAUCUUUUUCCCGCUGCUCAAGAUCAAUGAGGAUCCGCAUAUUGAUGCUAAGCUGAUCAAUCGCAAGGAUGGCCUGCAGGACACCAUGUACUAUCUGGACGAAUUCGGCAGUCCGAAACUGCGUGAGAAGUUUGCACGCAAACAGAAACAGCGCCAGGCCAAACAGCAAAAGGCGAUCCUCAAGCGGGAGCGCGAGGAGCAGCGCAAAAAGCGUAACACAACGGUGGCCUCCAACUUGGCGGCCAGCGGCCUUGACACCAAAGACCACACAACAACAACAACCAACCACUGUGAUAGAAAUCGUCUGACGAUUAACAAACAGAUGUCCGAUCCCCAUCCGGAUAGCAAUGAUCAUGCCCAUGCCCAUGCCGAUGAUGAUGACGAUGAUACUGAAGUUGAAAUGGUCAAGAUGCGCGUACGCAGUCAUAGCCAUGAUAAUCAUUAUGAUGCCAACAUCAGCAACAACAUGAAGUCAAUUGGAUCAGCAGAUGAUGCCGGUUACGGGGAUGAGGACGAUGAUGAGAUUGAGACCGGUGCCGAGGCCGAAACAGCGCUCCACCAUGAUGAUGGCAACGAUUGCCUCGAGAGUGUAAAGACUGUAAAACUGGCUAGAACACAAUCCUGCGUUAGUUGGACCAAAGUGGUUCAAAAGUUUAAGCACAUACUAGGCAUGAAACAAUUGAUCGGAAAAUUGAAUGAUUUGUGGCCCGAGCACAGCGUCGCAUUGUCCAUUCCAAAGGAGGUCGAUAGAAGCAAGGAGAAACUCGAGGGCGCCUGGGAGACAAUAGGUCGCGAUGGUUCCAAAAUUACAACAGUUGUUGCAACGCCUGGCCAGGGCACCGAUCGGGUUCAAGAAGUUUCCUAUACAGAUACAAAAGUCAUCGGAAAUGGCAGCUUUGGCGUCGUCUUUCAGGCGAAACUCUGCGAUACCGGCGAAUUGGUUGCAAUCAAAAAAGUUUUACAAGACAGACGAUUUAAGAAUCGUGAAUUGCAAAUAAUGCGCAGAUUGGAGCAUUGUAAUAUCGUUAAACUUUUAUACUUUUUCUAUUCGAGUGGUGAAAAGCGCGAUGAAGUAUUUUUGAAUUUAGUCCUCGAAUAUAUACCAGAAACUGUAUACAAAGUGGCACGUCAGUAUGCCAAAACCAAGCAAACGAUACCAAUCAACUUUAUUCGGCUCUAUAUGUAUCAAUUGUUCAGAAGUUUGGCAUACAUCCAUUCGCUAGGCAUUUGCCAUCGUGAUAUCAAGCCGCAGAAUCUGCUGCUCGACCCGGAAACGGCCGUACUCAAAUUGUGCGAUUUCGGCAGCGCCAAGCAGCUGCUGCACGGCGAGCCGAAUGUUUCGUACAUUUGCUCCCGGUAUUAUCGGGCACCAGAGCUCAUAUUUGGCGCCAUCAACUAUACAACUAAAAUCGACGUAUGGAGCGCUGGUUGCGUACUGGCCGAACUCUUGCUGGGACAGCCCAUAUUUCCCGGUGAUUCUGGUGUUGAUCAGUUGGUUGAGGUGAUCAAGGUUUUGGGCACACCGACAAGAGAACAAAUACGGGAAAUGAAUCCAAACUAUACGGAAUUCAAAUUUCCGCAGAUUAAAAGUCAUCCAUGGCAGAAAGUUUUCCGUAUACGCACUCCGACAGAAGCUAUCAACUUGGUGUCGCAGCUGCUCGAGUACACGCCCAGCGCCCGCAUUACACCGCUGAAGGCUUGUGCACAUCCGUUCUUUGAUGAACUGCGUAUGGAGGGCAAUCUCACCUUGCCCAACGGUCGCGAAAUGCCACCACUUUUCAACUUCACAGAGCAUGAACUCUCGAUACAGCCUAGCUUAGUGCCACAGUUGUUGCCAAAGCAUCUGCAGAAUUCAGCACACCCAAGCACUGCUAAUCGCGCCUCAGCUGGUGGUGCAUCAACCACUGCGGCCACUGGAUCAACUAACGUCUCUUCAGCGGGCAGUGGUACGUCCGGUGAUGGUGCCGUUCAGUCACAGCAACAGCAUCAGCAACAGGCGCCCACAUCAGCAGCAGCAGGAGGCACAGUCGCCGGUGGCGCCGCUAACGUGGGCGGCGUCCAGGGAAAUAAUAGCAGCAGCAACAGUGGCAACGCAACAAACGCCACAACUGUUGCAGGGGCUCCAAAUGCGCAGCAAUCGAAUGCGGCUGCAGCUGGCACUGGUGGCGGCGGUGGCGGUGGCGCAGCAACAGCUGCCACUGCAGCCGGCGCGAUUGCCAACAGCAAUGCUGGCGGCGCUAACAUAACAGGUUCGCAGUCAAACAGCGCCUUGAACAGCAGCGCCAGCGGCAACGGCGACGCUGAGGUUAGCGCUGCAGGCGACGAAGGUGGUGGUGGUAGCGGUAGCAGCAAUGGCAGCGGCAACGGCGGAAACGACGCAGCAGUAGAGCCUGAUCAGGCGUCGGCAGCGUCAGCCGGCACAUCGGGUUAACGCAGCAGCAACAGCAGCAGCGGCGGCGGUGGCGCUCUGUUAAUAUAAAUGUUGUUUACAGUGAACUGUUAUUAACUUUUUUGUUCGCUAGCCUCUUAUGCAAAUGGGGGUUUAAGUAAAUUUAACAACAUUCAAUUUACAACAUCACCCACACACAAACAUGCAUACAUACAUACAUACAUACAUACAUAUA